UAAGAACUGCGCGCAAGCCAAUCAGAAACGGCCGCCGGCCACCUGCAGGAAGUUGGCCGUCCACUUAUCUCCUCCCUCCUUCGGCUGCAGACAGAUAACAGCAGCAACAGUUGAACAGAGUGGCAGCUCCUCAGCAACCUGAUGGACACUAAAACAGUGUAACGGUCCCCCGAGCAGCUCGGAAACAGCCUCUGGUCGUUGGUUAGCGUUGCUGUGAUAGAAAGAGGAAGGCUGCGGGACUAAAGACGCGAAGCUCUCCCCUCGUUUGGAUCCAGUGCGCAGCAGCGGUGAUCGGCAUCAUGAGCGUCCCGCUUUACGCACCGACCCCAAUUCAGCCGGCACACCCGACCCCCUUCUACAUCGAGGACAUUCUGGGGAGGACCUCCACCACCACCUCCACAUCUCCGUCCUAUUCUUCAUCGCCAACGUCUUCAUCUUCCUGCUCCACUCCGGUCAUCCCCACGCCGACUCUCCCGUCUCCCAACUCGUCCUUCAAAAGUUUGAUCUCGCCGUACAGAACCCCGAUUUAUGAACCCACGCCGAUCCACCCCGCGCUGUCGCACCACGCUGCGCUGACGGCGACGUACGCCUCGGCGGGGGCUUUCACCGGCUCCUUUUACCCGUUUCACCAGCAACACCACCGCUCCAUGGGGGAGUACGCACAGGCGCUGCUCAGGCACGACCCUCUCGGGAAGCCUCUGCUGUGGACGCCGUUCAUCCAGCGCCCCUUACAUAAGCGAAAAGGCGGCCAGGUGCGCUUCUCCAACGACCAGACCAUCGAGCUGGAGAAGAAGUUUGAGACGCAGAAGUACCUGUCACCUCCGGAGAGGAAACGCCUGGCCAAGAUGCUGCAGCUCAGCGAGAGACAGGUUAAAACCUGGUUCCAAAAUCGACGUGCGAAGUGGCGCAGACUAAAACAGGAGAAUCCUAAGAGGGAGGUGGAGGAUAACAGUUCCAGAGGUAAGAAAGGAGACGAGAUGAUAGAAGCUGCCGGGAUCCAGAACCAGGAGCAGAGGCAGCCAGGCUCGGCCCCCGAGUUGGCGCAAGCGGGACACUGUGCGUCCUCACAGCAGGCCCACACAGAGCUGGACUCUGACGUGUCAGACGACACGGACCAGGAACUGGACAUAGAGGACGACGAGGACUUCACACUAAACCCCCAGUUCUGAAACACAGGCUCCAUAAAGAUCUGCCUCGGACACUGAAGCUCUCAAGCUCUCGACGGUCGGGUCGCUGUAACUCCUUCCUCCUCCUCCUCCUCCUCCUCCUCCAGCCUGGUGACUUGCAGACUGAUAGACUGGUUCCUGAUGUAAUACUAAGACAAGUCAGCCCCUCAAACCCGAGUGCCUUUCAUCAGAACUGUCUUCUUUGUUGAACCUGUGUGCAUAUGCGUAAUGUUCUGUAACUGUGUGUGUGUGUGUGAGUGUGUGAGUUUGUGUGUGUGAGUGUGUGUGAGAGAUGUUCUUCAGAUGAAUAGUAUGCCUGUAGAUCAGUUUCUCUGUACUGUAGCAUAUACGUGUUUUUAUAGCGUGUUUUUUAGUUCUUUUUGUUUUGUUUUGCGUGUGUGUGUGUCGGCGUGUGUGUCGGCGUGUGUGUGUGUCGGCGUGUUUUUUUAUGUGACAUUUUAUUAAAUAAUCAAUGUAGCGCAAAUUCAGUUUUGUCUGAUGUCUAAUAAACUAUUUUCUGACAAUCAA